UCUCUCUCUCUCUCUCUCUCUCUCAGUGGCAGGUGCACAGGUGAGUUAUGAGGUGUGUACAUCGCGCAUGCGCUCACACACGUAUCAGUAUUUUUACCUGAGUGUGUGACCAGGUGUGUGUCAGUCUGAGGACGAGGGCUAGACAAUCGCAAGCAUCGCCACGAUGACCUGGGAUUAUUUCGGCUUCUCCAUGGUCCGCAGCAGCGGCCAGAACAAUGGAACUGUCAUUGCCAUCAACAACCCAGCGGAUAUUUCCGUUAUCGUCAUCUACUUCGUGGUGGUCCUGGCCGUGGGGAUAUGGGCUAUGGUGAGGACGAAUCGCUCCACGGUCGGUGGAUUCUUCUUGGCUGGACGCAGCAUGGUGUGGUGGCCGAUUGGAGCGUCUCUGUUUGCCAGUAACAUCGGCAGUGGGCAUUUCGUGGGUCUGGCAGGAACCGGGGCGGCUGCGGGAAUCGCCAUCGGAGGGUUUGAGUGGAAUGCUCUUGUUGUAGUGCUCCUUCUAGGAUGGAUCUUCGUCCCUAUCUACAUCAAGGCCGGGGUGGUCACCAUGCCCGAGUAUCUGAAGAAGCGUUUCGGAGGUCAGCGUAUCCGGAUGUAUCUCUCUGUCCUCUCUCUGGUGCUUUACAUCUUCACUAAGAUCUCAGCGGACAUGUUCUCUGGAGCUAUCUUCAUUAACCAGGCUUUGAGAAUGAACAUCUACCUGGCUGUUAUCAUGCUGCUGCUCAUCACUGCACUCUACACUGUCACAGGUGGUCUCGCUGCAGUUAUUUACACAGACACUCUGCAGACCAUCAUCAUGGUGGUGGGAUCCUUCAUCCUCAUGGGCUUUGCGUUUGAUAAGGUUGGAGGUUAUGAGGGUCUUCAGGAGAAGUACAUGCAGGCCAUUCCCUCCGUUGUGGGGAACAUCAGCUCUGAGUGUUACACGCCUCGUCCAGACUCCUUCCACAUCUUCAGAGAUCCGCUGAUCGGAGACAUGCCCUGGCCUGGACUCAUAUUCGGCCUCACCAUCCAGGCAGCAUGGUACUGGUGCACUGACCAGGUGAUCGUCCAGCGUUGUCUCUCGGCUAAGAACAUGUCCCAUGUGAAGGCCGGCUGUAUUCUGUGUGGCUACCUCAAACUCCUGCCCAUGUUCCUCAUGGUGUUCCCCGGCAUGAUCAGCAGAGUGCUGUACCCAGAUGAAGUUGCGUGUGUGGUUCCUGAGAUGUGUAAAGAGUACUGCGACACUGAGGUGGGCUGCACCAACAUCGCCUACCCCAAACUGGUGGUGGAUCUCAUGCCUGACGGUCUCAGGGGUCUGAUGCUGUCUGUCAUGCUGGCAUCACUGAUGAGCUCGCUCACCUCCAUCUUUAACAGCUCCAGUACGCUCUUCACCAUGGACAUCUACGCCAAAGUCCGCAACAAAGCCUCCGAAAAGGAGCUGAUGAUUGCCGGCAGGUUGUUUAUCUUGGUCCUGAUUGGUGUCAGCAUCGCUUGGAUUCCUAUCAUCCAGUCCACUCAUAGCGGCCAGCUCUUUGACUACAUCCAGUCUAUAACCAGUUACUUAGCUCCGCCCAUCGCCGCCGUCUUCACACUCGCUAUUUUCUGCAAGAGAGUUAAUGAACCGGGUGCGUUUUACGGAAUGGUGAUCGGUUUGGUCAUCGGUUUGGUGCGGAUGAUCGCGGAGUUCUCGUACGGAACAGGAAGCUGUGCGAAUCCCAGCGACUGUCCCACCAUCAUCUGUGGAGUGCAUUACCUCUACUUUGGCCUGAUCCUCUACGGAAUUUCCCUUCUGCUGGUGCUGGGAAUCUCACUCAUGACCAAACCCAUCGACGACAAACAUCUGUACAGGUUGUGUUGGAGUUUACGUGACAGUAAAGAGGAGAGGGUCGACCUGGAUGCUGACGACUGGACCGAGGAGCCGGACGACGCCUACAUGGACAUGGACGAACCCAUGUCGGACCCGAGCUGCUGGAGAAAAGCCUACAACUGGUUCUGUGGCUUCGAUCAGACAAAAGCACCGAAGCUGACGAAAGAGGAAGAAGCCGAGCUGAAGAAGCAGCUGACCGACACGAGUGAGCAGCCGCUGUGGAAGAACGUAGUGAACGCCAACGCCAUCAUCCUCCUGUGUGUGUGUGUCUUCUUCCACGGCUUCUUCGGAUAAAGUGAGAGAGAGAGAGAGAGAGAGGGAGAGACGGAGAGAGAGAGAGAGAAAGAGAGAGAGAGAGAGAGAGAGAGAGAGAGAGGGAGA